GAAGUUAUUUAUUGAUUAAAUUUUAAUCUUUGUUUUCUUAAAUACUUUUUGCAUUUAAUUCGCGUGUUUUUUGUUUUUGUUAACGUGUAUACAUAAUCUAAGGAAUGUACAACGCGCGUUGGUAUCAGAAAUUAAAGUGUAAAGAAUGUAAUUUGGCAAGUAAUGUACACAUUAUAGGUUAGACGAACUAACCUCAUUCGAUCGGUUUCUAUAGAAUUCAACAACGCCGUAACUAUUUGGAAUUGUGAUAAUGAAACGUGUAACUACAACACCUAAUAUGAACGGAUCAGUGACUGCAAAAAGAUAUCACUGGUCAGCUGGUUUGCUUCAAGCGAUAGAGGAUCCUGAAUGUAAAAUCAGAGAGGACAAUAAAGUAGUUGUCAUUAAAGAUAAGUACCCAAAAGCGCAAUUUCAUUAUUUGGUUAUACCAAAGGAGAACAUUCAUUCUAUAUGGCAUGUCAAAAAGGAGCAUCAAGAUUUGCUAACGCACAUGCAUGAUGUUGCUUGUAAUCUGGCGAAAGACCAAGCAGAUCAUGAAUUUAUCAUAGGUUAUCACGCGCAGCCGAGUAUGCAGAGGCUGCACCUACAUGUGAUAAGCAUGGAUUUUAACAGUCCUUGCCUUAAAAAUAAGUAUCAUUGGAACUCCUUUACGACGCCGUUUUUUUUACCUUCGUCAGAUGUAUGUCGUCAGCUGUCUGACGAGGGUAAAAUCAAAAAAGCACUUCAGUAUUCAGAAUAUCUCGAAACAAAAUUAAAGUGUCACAAGUGCUCGAUGCAGCCGAAAAAUAUGCCAGCUUUAAAGAAGCAUUUAUUAACACACAUUGAAAAAUCAAAGCAAUGAAAAUCAAGUGUAAAAAUGUGUAAAUAAGUAAUUUAAAACCUUUAUGUAAUGAACCAAUAUAAAUUAUCUCUAGAAAAUAAUUAAUUAACUUUUAUCAUAUCUUUGUGGUUCUUUAAUUAAAAUUUGCAACCUAGAAACAUUAAUGCAAUGCGUACUGGCAAGCGAAAAAAGAAUAUGUGUAGAACAUUAUUUGUACAUAUAUAUAGAGUACAAGUAUGUAGAAUACAACAUAAAAUUUUAUGAUAAAAUAUAAAUUAUUGGUUCUUAUAAAUAUAUUGCAAUGUUAGACAUACAACUUUCUAGGAAUGGGAUAGGCAAUAUAUUAACAUAAGCGUUUUUAUGCGAUAUUUCGGAAGAUUUAUUCUGAAUAAAUUUGAUGUUAUUCUUAAUACAUCUUGGCGCCUAUAAUAUCAAUAUCCUAACUAUUUACAAAGUCUUCUCGUAGGUUGCGCAAGUGUAUAUUUUUGAGUUUCUGUGUUGUGUGUGUGUGUGUGUGUUUGUGUGUGUGUGUAGUUGUAUUACAUUUAAUCUGUAUACAUUUAGUAAUACUGCAAUCAAUAGUUGAAACGCGUUUCUAUAGCGAAACAGUAGGCAACUGAACGUCCGCAAGGCCUUGCUGUUAUUACUUGCGUGUUUCGCAGAUUGUACAAAUAAUUUUCGUAACGAUGUAAGAAUUCCGAUUUAAGUAUACGUCUCCUCUGAAAAACUUUAAGCCUAGUUAAAUUAGUUAUUUUCUCUUGGUGAACGUAGCGUCUUGGACGUAGCUCCUUAACGAAGUGACGUCCGAAUCGAUUAUUUUAUUGUGAUAUAGUAUGAGAGACUGAAGGUCCAAGCGUAUGGACUGAAGGGCCGGCAGGAGUUUCAAGAACGAAACACGUUCGACAACGCUCCUUUGCCUUUUUCGGAAAAAAAAAUCAAAACGCGCCUUUGUGUAACCCCCCCCCCUCAAUUUUCCUAAGAAAAACAUACGUGCGCGCGUUCCCAUCUGAAAGUUUGCAACGCCUGCACAAAACAUAGGCCCUGCAAAGUUUCUCCGCGAUGAAAACGACGCGCGCGCGCGAUCCGUUCUCCCUAUCUCGUAUACAGAAAA